UUUGUUAAUAGAUCGAAAAAGGAAGAGUCAAAAUCGUUAUUAUAUCCAUCUUGCUUCGAACCCUACUCGCGAAUUUGGUGAUUUUGUUUUGUACUCCUACAGUCCUACUCCGGGGGUUUAUCUAGGGUUUUCGCCUCUGGAUAUUUGACGUCCGUCGCUCUACGUUAAUCGGAGAACUCACCGGAACAGCAGCCAUGGCGGACGAAAUGGGCAAGGUCGAAACAGAGGUAAACGAAGCGAACAAUCAGAAGAAGAAGCACAAGGGAAAGCACGACAAACCGAAGCCAUGGGACGACGACCCAAACAUCGACCAUUGGAAGGUCGAGAAGUUCGACCCUUCGUGGAACGAAAGCGGCAUGCUUGAAGUCAGCGAGUUCGCAACCCUCUUUCCUUCAUACAGAGAAAAGUACAUACGGGAUGUUUGGCCAAUGGUGAAAUCCGCCUUGAAAGAACAUGGCAUUGAAGGCAGGCUCGACCUGGUUGAGGGGUCAAUGACUGUCUUAACUACUAGAAAGACGAGGGACCCUUACAUAAUUAUCAAGUCAAGGGAUCUUCUUAAGUUGCUAUCCAGAGGUGUCCCUGCACCUCAGGCUAUCAAGAUUCUCAAUGAUGAAAUGCAAUGUGAUGUUAUCAAGAUUGGCGGUAUGGUUCAUAAUAAGGAGCGUUUCGUUAAACGAAGGCAACAUCUUGUUGGGGCAAAUUCAUCUACUUUAAAGGCGCUUGAAAUCUUGACAGGCUGUUAUAUUCUAGUCCAGGGACACACGGUUGCUGCUAUGGGUUCAUUUAAAGGUUUAAAACAAGUUAGAAAGAUUGUAGAGGAAUGCAUGUUAAACAAGAUGCAUCCUGUACACCAUAUAAAGAUUCUGAUGAUGAAGAAAGAACUUGAAAAUAAUCCAGCAUUGAAGAAUGAGAGUUGGGACAGAUUUCUUCCCAAGUUCAAUAAGAAGAAUGUUCAGCGAAAGAAGCCUAAGAAGAAAGAAAAGAAAGAAUAUACUCCAUUCCCUCCUCCUCAACAACCCAGCAAGGUUGAUAUUCAACUAGAGACUGGAGAGUACUUCUUGAGUGAACAAAAGAAGACAGCAAAGAAAUGGCGAGAGAAACAGGAUAAACAAGCUGAAAAAUCUGCUGAAAACAAGAGAAAAAGAGAGGAGGCCUUUGUUCCUCCAAAGGAAACUGUGAAGGGAAAUACCAGUAAGUCGGAGGAGGAAGACCUGGCCACCAUGACCAUGUCCAUCAAGCAAAAGGCAAAAGAUUUUGUGAAGAAGAAAAGGGACGAGAAUGUCAAUCCGGAGGAUUAUAUAACAGUAGCAUCUAGUGAGCAACCAAAGAAGAAAAAACAAAAGAGCAAAUUUUCAUUUUUCUGAAAAUUUACUCUUGGAUCUCGCGUUUUAUUUGUUUGAUUGAUUUGACCUGAAUCCCCUCCCAUUCUCUAAUAUAUGUCGCCGGAAAUCAAGUCUCACAUGCUUGUCGGAAGUGGGCGCUGCCUUAUGUUGUGUGUUGACAUUGGUAGAAAUGGGGAACGAAAGUUUGUAAAAUUUAUUGGACAUCCUGUGAUUUCCAAUCUGGUCUUUUGUGUAUUUGAGACUACAGAACACAAAAUGGUUGGCCAUUGCGUCAUGGCUAGGAUACAAAGGGCAAUGAAGAAAUUAAAGGUAAUUGAUCCUGUGCUAAACUCGUAGUUGCCCAGCUUCAAUGUUGCUGUAGGUGCUUACUGGUUUGGUUGGAUUUGAUGUUCACGUUACUCAUCUGAGCUUCUUGUGUAUUCAUUUACUUUUUUUUAUGUUGCAAGUUGGAAGCUGAUGAGAAACGCAGGUACUUAUGAUAGUUGUGGCACACCCCAGAGAUGUCUCUCAUGGUGCAGCAAAUUCUUUGUUGUGUCGAGCGCCUCGGGAUGUGCCUAGACAUGACUAAGGCAAUUCUCUGCUGUCUGAUUCCUUCAAUGUUGUCGGUACGGAUUUUCAAUGUAAACAUGGUUUUCCUUUGUGAAUUGGUUUCUGGACAGCAUUUUCAAGCAGAAAGUGUCUUCUUUUUAUGUGCUCAAGGCUUGGUUUCCGCUUCUCUUUUUCUAUUGCGACUAUGUGCACCAUGCUGGAAUGAAAUCAAGAUAUCGAAUCUUUUGAUAGGCUAGAAUUAGCUUCUAAUUACUGGAAUCUUCUGCUGUUUGAUUAGAAAGAGUACAUUAACUAUACUCUCUUGCCACUUGCCAGUCUUUUACUUUGUGGAUUCACUUAUCACAUCUUCCAAUAAGAGAGCAGAAGUCCAUAGUCAAAUUGAAAAAUCCAAUGUAAAAUGAUCGGGAAAAAGAUGAUCUAGUUAACUUUACGUAGUCGAUGUCUCACUGAGUAAAUGUUUCCUGACAUAAGGAGCUUCCAUACCAAUGACCCUCUUGUACUAGGUGUUGGAUUCCAUGACCUCCAAACUCGUCGAAUACCAUCAUCCCCUCAUAACUCUGUAGGGAGCCUUCCAUCCUUGACCAAACAUCGUGAUCAUUGUAGGCGCCAUCAUGUGGCAUGAUCGAAGGACGUGCUUCCAUAUCUUCGACCCAAUCGAGUUCAUAAUCAUCAAGGGAUAGGUCGGGAUUGUAGUAGCAAUCAUCAUUGUUGUUGGCACUUUCGCUUGAAAUGUGAUCUUCCAUGAUCAUGUCGGGAAUACCAUUGAUCUCUGCUUCAAGAGAUUUGAUUACAUUCCUCAACCUUUCGUCAUCGUUAUACUCUUCAACUUGUAGCAACGACUCUUCUAAUAGUGACAUGAGGAGGGCUUGAUGAUGAUGGUUGUUCUCCGAGAGACUGGUUUCGGAUGAAAGAGAUGCCAUUUUGGCAGGGACUAGCGAAGAUGGAAUGGUGGGAAGUGUUGGUUGGUAUUAGCUUGGUGGAUGAUUUGUGAUUGUAUUGUUCUCUUUAAGUCAUUGAACCAGGUGUUUAUAUAGAGGUCUCUCUUAGAAAAUGCGAUGUUGUAAUGUAAGUCUUUAUCAUUAUUGGGAAGCAAGUGAAUC